AUGGGGUUUAUAAACAAUAGCUGGUUCCAGCCACCCACUCUUCUUCUAAUAGGCAUUCCUGGACUGGAGGCUGUACAAAUAUGGAUCUCUAUCCCACUGUGUGCCAUGUAUGCAAUUGCCCUCCUAGGGAACUGUAUCAUUCUCUUUGUUAUCAAAACCACCUUUAGUCUUCAUGAGCCUCAGUAUAUCUUUCUGUCUAUGCUGGCAGCAACAGAUGUGGGUCUGUCUUUAUCAACUCUACCUACAGUACUCAAUGUCUUCCUCCUAAAUCACAGAGAGAUUGAAUUCCACUCUUGCCUAACACAGAUGUUCUUCAUCCAUACCUUCUCCUCCAUGGAGUCAGCCAUCCUACUGGCCAUGGCAUUUGAUCGAAUUGUAGCUAUUCGAAACCCACUACACUACACCGUGGUCUUAACCCCUCCUCUGAUUAUUGGGAUGGGGCUGGCAGCCCUGGUUAGGGGUGUAGUGUUAAUGGCACCAUUGCCAAUCCUGCUCAAACGAUUGUCCUUCUGCAAAGAUGUUAAUUUAUCUCAUUGUUACUGUUAUCACCCUGAUGUUAUGAAGCUGGCCUGUGGCCCUGUCAGAGUCAACAUCAUCUACGGGUUGUUCCUUGUCCUCUGCUCCUUUGGAGUUGACUUUAUCUUCAUUGUCAUUUCAUACAUCUUGAUUCUGAAAACAGUGCUGGGUGUUUCCUCGGAAGAUGGCCAGCUCAAGGCGCUUAACACUUGUGUUUCCCACAUUUUCACUGUAUGCAUUUUUUAUGUGCCACUUAUUGUGCUGGCUGUAAUUCACAGGUUUGGUACAUUCACAUCUCCUCUUCUACAUGUCACCAUGGCCAACCUUUUCCUCUUCUUGACUCCGGUCCUUAACCCCUUAAUUUAUAGCUUAAAAACUAAACAGAUAAGGUCUGCAAUACACAAGAUAUUUAAGGGCAGGAGAAACUGGCUCAAAUAG